AUGACUGAAUUAACCAAUCAAGCGCAACAACAGCAAACAUCAGAAAAGAAAGAUUUAACUUACUGGAAUUCACAAUGGUGUAGUAAUAAAGUUGGUUUUCAUCGGUUGACAAUGAAUCAUGGUAAAACAAUAGAUAUGAAAGCAGUAUUGGACAGUAAACAUCAAGUGAUUGGUAUUGAAUGUGCUCAAGUAGGUAUUGAAACAUUUUUUCAAGAGAAUAAUAUUAAAUAUCAACGUAGUUAUCUUUUCAUUAUUUUUGAUUUAUUUACAUAG